AUGGAGUGCUCCUUCGGUAUCACCGGCAAAGGAUACACCAUCAUCGCAUCCGACUCGAAUGCAGCCCGUUCGAUCGUCAAGAUGAAGUCCGACGUGGACAAGCAAAAGGUGCUCAGCGACCAUCUGGUCAUGACAUACUCUGGUGAACCAGGCGACACGCUGCAGUUCUCCGAGUGGAUCGAACGCAACAGCAGACUCUACAGCAUCAGAAACCACGUCGAGCUCAGACCAAAGUCAGCAGCAGCAUGGAUCCGCAAGCAGCUUGCGGAAUCGCUGCGCUCCAGAAACCCAUAUCAGGUCAACCUCCUCCUGGGUGGAUUCGAUUUGCCAAACUCGGAGCCUGCGCUGUACUGGAUCGACUACCUCGGCACGCUCGCCACUGUACCAUUCGCUGCGCACGGCUACGGCGCCUUCUUCGCCAUGUCGACCCUCGACCGUUACCACAGGCCCGAUAUGUCGCUCGAGGAGGGCCUCGACUUGUUGCGACGAUGCAUCAACGAGCUUAAGCAACGCUUCAUUGUCGAUCUCGGCACUUUCACGGUUCGUGUCGUCGACCGUGAGGGCGCUCGUGUCGUACAGCUAUAG